AUGGGUGAGCGUACCCGAGUCCGAAGGAGGUGGGCUGCAGAGCGAGAGUUUCUGUUUCGUGAGGUUGGAUUGGAGGGAUGGUUUAACGGGCUGGAUCUGGAAGGCAAGGAUGUCGCUGCUCGGAUUGAGCGAAGACAGCAGAAGAUGGAGAGACGCCGGCUGAAGCGCGAGUCCACCGAGGGAACCAGUGACAUGGAGACGGAAUCCAAGUCGGCAAAUGGGGCAAGGGGAUCGGAGGAUUGCAAAGGACAAAGUGAAGAUGCAUGA